AUGCGUGGUCCAUUCCAGUCUGAGGUCGAGACCAUGCACUCUGAAGACCAACGUAUCACCACCACCUAUGGCCAUCACUUCUCUAGCCAUAAGACGAAGGCUUCCUGGGAUUCUCUAACUGCACAUGGACUCGGUCUAGUUUGGACUCAUGACAACCGUCUCUCCAACAAGAAUGUCAAUGCCGCCAUCUACCAUAAGCUACUCGACAAGGCACCCUCCAAGCCCCUAACGGUCCGUCAAAUCCUAUCAGCAGCUCACAAAUGUCACGAUCCCUUGGGCUAUGCCAGCCAAAAGAAAGCAUCGUCGCCUGGAGUCACCCUUUCCUGCUGGUUCCCCCGUAUGGCUUCGUAA